AAAGACGUAGCCUUGCGACCCUUCAGGAGAGAAGUAAUUGUUGUCUGUAGACUAAUUAAAAUACACACAUAAACACCAUGUCUUACAAUCGCAUUGCGGUCUACGGCCACCGAGGCUGGGCUAGCUCGGCCAUUUUCAAUGCUCUCGUAGCCUCAGGUGCACCAAUCAAGUUGAUACACCGUCCAGGCUCCGACGUUUCCAGUGUACCAUCGAGCGUUUCCAUGGUCGAACUGGAUAUCGAGAAGCAACAGCAAGAGCUCAUUGCUGCUCUACAGGACAUUGACAUCGUCAUCUCCCUGGUCGGUCUUGAAGGCAUAUUGAAACAGCAUGCUUUCGUUAAGGCCAUCCCGAGCACCAAUGUCAAACUCUUCGUCCCUUCGGACCUUGGCGUUCGAGCGGACGAUGAGCAAGGGCUCCGUGUUCCUAUGAAGAAGACCAAGGACGAAGUUGAAGAAGCAGCUAAGAAGGCGGACAUUUCCACGACCAUGGUCCAAGUUGGUUGUUUUGCCGAGUCGGCCUUUUCAAUCGGGAUAUUGGGAAUCGACUAUCCAGGUAAUCGAAUGGUGUUUACCGGUGAUAGCGCCAACCAAUUUGUGAAUAUAUGCACAAGAGACUAUGUUGCCGCAGCCUACGCCUCGAUCUUCGCUAGUACGCCUCCGGCUAAGCUGGCGGGUCGGGUUAUCGGUAUUUCAGAACUGAAGGCCACAGGGAGUGAAAUAGCUGCUGCUUUGAAGAAAAAAUACGGAGCGGAACCGCAGAUAUUCAGGCACAGUCUAGAGAAAGUCAACGACGAGGUCGAGACCUGCAUCAAGAACGGAAUCCCGCUGUCGUUGGCGUGGUGGGUUCGCAAAAUGUGGGGUAGUGGAACCCUGGUGGGAUUAGUUGGCAAUGAAGUAUGGGAGGUUGAAGGCUAUAAGAAAGUCAGUCUUGAAGAGUUGCUUGUUGGUGGCAAGCUAGCACCCUACCGCAAUAUGCCUCCGCAGAUUGUCCAAGCUUUCAACGAUACGAUCCAGUAGCUAUAACUGCGGGACAACAAGAACAAGAAAAAGAAAGCCCAUUGAGAAUCCUGUACAAUAGGUACUUUACUUCAACCCACACAGCGACUAAAUCAGAGAUACUUCAGUAAGUAAUGCUUCGUGCUUUGAACAUA